AUGGUGAGUACGGAGCAGAGGGUAGGUACUGACAGUGAUGAUGUGUUGAUGGUGCUGACUGGCAUCUUCUGGUUCAGCUUCUGGUACUUCUCAUAUGAGAUGGAGCCCCUCUGCCGUGGAAUCGCUGGGAGUUUAACCAGGGAGGCUUUAUCUGGCUCUGGCAUUGGCUGGUUGGGCCUUUGGUGCAGCUCAUCACAGUGAAUGAUGCCCCUCCUCUUGGUGAUAUCCCUGGGUUUGAAUCGCUCCAACUCUGGCAUCUGUCGGUUGGGCCUUUGCUGGAGAUUCUCACAUUGGAUGGUUCUGCUUCUCUUGGUGACCUCUCUAGGUUUGAGUCUGUCUGAAUCUGUCAUGGCUUGGUUGAGUCUGUGCUGGAUGUCGUAGGAGAGGGGCGCCCUCCUCCUGCUGUAGUCCCUGCCUCUGCCUUGCUCUGCUCCAUGGAAGGACCCUUUCCUCCUGGGUUCUUUGGCUAUUGGCGGGAUGUUAUCUUCUUCCUGUUUACCUAGUUUGGUCUUGCAGAAGUCUUUGACUUUGCCCUGGACUUUGUCAUCUCCUUCACUUGGACUGGGCAGUGACCAGCUGAACUUGGAUAUGGCCGGUAAGGUCUUCUGCAUGAUCUUAGCUCCAGCACCAAUCUCCUCUGGGAUACUGGCCCCCCUCCCCAUCUUACGUGCCUUCUCUAUCUUGGCAGAAAGCUUCACGCUGGGCCGGUCAUUCUGAGUGACAAGGGGGUUGGUGGUGGUCACAGCCACGGCUGUCUUGGUGAAGAGGAGUGGGAACCUGAUCUUCUUCCUGCCGCUGUCAGUGUUUUCUGGGGACGUAGAUCCCUCUGCCCCUCUGCAACUCUUAUUGGUGCCGGUGGGUGGGGAGCGCUGCGGUGAGUUAUUAUGGAUAGUUCCCUGCGAGCUGUGGUGAGCUUUGCCCUCUGCCGAAGGCUGCAUGACUGCCCACUGGCGGACUUCAGCGUUAGCUCGCUCUGAAGCCAAACGGGACCUGUCAUCAGAGCUCCUAGAAUGACUCUUCAGCUUCAGCUUCACCAGGAACCUUGACACCUUCUUCUGGGCCUCCUGAGAGAACAAAACACUCCAAUAAAUGUCACUAGCAUCAGUGGUGUAAAGUACUUAAGUAAAAAUACUUGAAAGUACUACUUCAGUCGUUUUUUGGGGUAGCUGUACUUUACUAUUUAUAUUUUUGACAACUUUUACUUUUACUUCACUACAUUCCUAAAGAAAAUAAUGUACUUUUUACUCCAUACAUUUUCACUGACACCCAAAAGUACUUGUUACAUUUUGAAUGCUUAGCGGGACAGGAAAAUUGUCAAAUUCACACACUUAUCAAGAGAACAUCCCUGGUCAUCCCUAGUGCCUCUGACCUGGGGGACUCGCUAAACACAUGCUUUGUUUGUAAAUUAUGUCUGAGUGUUGGAGUGUGACUCUGGCUAUCAGUAAAACAAAUAAAAAUAAUAAUAAAACAAUGGUGCCAUCUGGUUUGCUUAAUAUAAGGAUUUUGAAACAAUUUAUACUUUUACUUUUGAUACUUAAGAAUAAUUUAGCUAUUACAUUUACUUUUGAUACUUAAGUAUAUAUAAAACCAAAUACUUUUACUCAAGUAGUAUUUUAUUGGGUGACUUUUACUUGAGUCAUUUUCUAUUAAGGUAUCUUUACUUUAACUCAAAUAUGACAAUUGGGUACUUUUCCCCCACUGGUAAACAUACCCAAACAUACAACACUCAUUGAUAUAUCAAUAUAGCUGAGGGGGAGGGGUGAUAGAGGUAAAUGUAAGACCCAUCCCAGAAUAAGGUAUUGAGAUAUUAUGUACAAAGAUGUAGAAAACAUAAUGUGAAUGUAACCUUAUAACAUAGCUUUGUGAUAUAUCAUGCCCUACAGGUGUAUGUGACUUGACUUGCCUCUUUCCAGCUCCAAUCUUCCUCCAUUGUUUGAUGAUAUGACUGCUUGGUAGGAAAAUAGUUGAGCUGCACCUGCCUCUGAGGGCUGAACUAAAAAGUGAUAGGCCUUUACUAAACUACUAAGAAGGCUUCAGGUGGUGCUCUCAUUUAAAAUCUCACAUAACCCAAUACCACUACCAAACAAAUUCCUGAAUUUCCCAAAAGAAUACUUUGAAAACAUGUUUGGAAUUGGUAAACGAAUAUGCUAUUGUGGAACAAGGGGGAUUAUUGUUAUACAAUGCAUAGCUUUAACAAACCUCUUAAAAGAGCAUAAUCACCAAUACGCCAUAGGCCAGAGAUGGAAAAAGAACCGAGCCUCCGGCACCAGCGGUGGCAGGGCCUCUGAUCCCGAAUUCCACCCUGUACCAAAUGUACAAAGGAUGGAAUUUCCAAGUGAAUAUGUGGGGAAUAUGACGCGCAACAACUGUGACCUAAGUAGCAACAAUGACGCACCGUAUCUCUUACUGCUAUUUUCUGCAGUUCUGAGUCCGACUUGGUGCCUGGUGAAACUGUUUAAAAGCUCUUUGCAUCGCUCAAUAGGCUACAUCGUUGCUGUAGGAUCAACAGCUUCCCCUUUACCAAUCCUAACAUUAACCAUUAGUAGGGGAAAUGCGAAACUGGCCCAAGAUCAACGUCUAGGGGCAACUUUACCCGGCCUAAACAAUUUGUUUCGAUAGGACAUCACGGACUGUUGACAAAAACAAUCCGUCAGAAAUAACAGUCCGAAAUAAAACGAGACAGAGGAGAACAAUCGUGAAUACCCUCCUAGUUCUCUUUUAUUUCUGUUUCUAUUUAAUUCAAUUAGAUCAACGUCUCGAGACUCAGCGCUCUCUCUGACAUGUAACAGUGUCACGAAAUUACACCCAUCAUAUCCAGUUUUACAGUUCAUUGUAGUGAUUAUGUCAACCGAAUCAUUCCAAGGAUAGGCCUAGCUGAUGCAGUCUGCUUGCUUUAUCCAAAUAACUUAUUUUGCAUCUCUCUCUCUCUCUCUCUGUCUUUCUUCUCUCUCUCUCUCUCUCUCUCUCUCUCUCUCUCUCUCUCUCUCUCUCUCUCUCUCUCUCUCUCUCUCUCUCUCUCUCUCUCUCUCUCUGACAAGUAAUAUAGACAUUUGAAGCUACAGAAAUGUCAUGUUAAUUGUGCCACCUAUUAAAUAAUUCCAGGUGUUUGCACACAUUUCAGGUGAGUCUCGUGGUUUUGGUGUGUUAGAUCUAUACUGGCAUGCAUAUAUGUCAAAACUCUCAAUGAAAUACAAAAUGUUCCGGUGUACCUACCCUAACUGAUAUUUUCUUUAGCCUAUUAAUACAAAACAAAUGGUAAGUAGGUAGAGGCAAAGUUGUAGAAGUAAUACAAAAGUAGAGAAGUGACUAUGAAAUGAGAAAUAUUGAAUGUUGACUUCAAAAUGUCUGUAUACUUUUCAGUUUGGAACAAAAUAUUUCUGAAGAAUGAUUUUCUCCUGCAUUAAGUUCAUCUUUAUCUUCCUAAACACUCUAUUCUGGGUAAGUCAUACAUUCCCCUCUUACAUGCACAAUGUCCUCAAAUAUACACCAUUACCUGUCCUGAUCACUCCAGGGGCACUUUCAUAGAACACAUUUGGGCAGGUGCUCUGGUAUUUAGACCGCUGACUCAUAUGUGCCUGACUGACUCCAAUUGCUCUAGAGUGCACCUUUAAAAAGGUUUAAAGGUUGUAUUGAGAAAACGACAGUUAUUUGACUAACCUGUGAUUAUAUGGCAUGUGUUUAUGUCCCACCUACACUGAAGUGGAGUCUUUCACCCACAUGUCCCAGGGCCUGUCUCACACCUCCAUCCUCCUCAUAGUGGUGGGCAUCAUCGUCUCCCUGCUGGUCUUCCUGGGUAGCAUUGGGGCGUGGUCCGACAGCCGUCUGCUCCUUGGAUUGGUGGGAAGUACAGCACAGUGUGAGAUAUGGUAACUUGGGGCUUCAUGUUUUGGAGAACAGUUAAUAUGCCAAGUUCCAUCUUCACAUACUGAAUCUGUCACGGUUUCGGCCGAGGCUGCUCCUUCUCCUUGUUCGGGCAGGCUUCGGCGGUCGUCGUCCCCGGAGUACUAGCUGCCACCGUUCGUUGUUUCUGUGUGUGUUUGGUUUGGUCUGAUUUGUUACACCUGUUGCUCAUUUCGUCUUGAUUAUGUGUCCUUUAAGUUCUCGUUGUUUCUGUCUUGUGGUUGUGUGUAGUUGUUCCAUGUCAGCAGGUGUUGCCAGUCAGUUUGUGCUCUAUGUUAUUAGAGAGUCCGCACGUUGUGCGUUUGUUGUACUUUUACGCUGAGUGCAUUUAUUUUUUCCUUGUUCAACCGGCUCGGUUUGUAGCUGUUAUUUCUGUGGACUUCAUUAAAGUGUUUUUGGACUUGCAUCUGCAUCCUGCAAUUGAUUCCACACCACACCUACGCCCAUCCUUGACAGAACUACACACCAUUCAUGGAAUCAGCAGGAGCAGCAGCGACCGAGUCAUGGGAGGAGCGCGUCCGCGGACAGGAUGACAGGAUAGCCCAGAUCACCAACGCAUUACAAGGAGUAAUGAAUACCCUGCAUCGCCUGGAGACCAGUUGGGCACCCACGCCUCCUCCCACAGUACCACCAGCACCGGUCAGUCCCUUAGUCCACGCUCCGGAACCCAGUGGGAUUCGGCUCUCGCUCCCGAGGGCGUAUGACAGUACCGCUGCCGGGUGUCAAGGUUUCCUCCUACAAGUAGAACUCAACCUCGCCACCGUACACCCGGUGCCCUCGGGACACGAGAGCGUUUCCGCCCUCAUCUCCUGUCUCACCGGCAAGGCGUUGGAGUGGGCCAACGCCGAAUGGAGGAGAAUAGACCCCGCGACGAUCACCUAUGCGGAGUUCUCCCGUUGCUUCAGGGCUGUAUUCGACCAUCCACCUGAGGGGAAGGCGGCGGGAGAACGUCUAUUCUACCUCCGACAGGGGAAGAGGAGCGCACAGGAUUUUGCACAGGAGUUCCGGACUCUAGCGGCAGACGCAGGGUGGAAUGAGCGGGCCCUCAUAGACCACUUCCGCUGCAGCCUACGGGAGGACGUCCGUCGUGAGUUGGCCUGCAGGGACACCACCCUCACGUUUGACCAGUUAGUUGACAUGGCCAUUCGCCUCGACACCCUGUUGGCCACACGCGGACGUCCUGAGUGGGGGUCGUCCAUUCCACCCUCCAGCACCUCCGAGCCUAGUCCUAUGGAGCUCGGGGGUGCUGGCGCUAGAGAGGAGAGGAGAAGGAGCCCCAGGGGAACCAACCCCUGUACCUACUGUGGCCAUGGAGGACACACUGCGGCCAGGUGCUGGGGGGGGUCUCCUAGGGGGAGAGACGGCAGGCCACGCUCUGGGGAGUCCUUCCAGGUGAGUAGGCGCCCCACUUACCCAGAGCUCUCUGUUGAUCACCUAACCAUACCUGUUUGCUUCCCACAGGUUGCACCUCAUUCCCAGCAUAAGGCGCUAGUAGAUUCAGGCGCAGCUGGGAAUUUUAUAGAUCGGCGAUUUUGUGCUGAGUUAGGGAUUCCCCUCCUUCCAGUCAGUAGUCCCUUCCCAGUACAUGCUUUAGAUAGCCGUCCGUUGGGAUCGGGGUUGAUUAGGAAGGUCACAGCUCUACUUGGGAUGGGGACGCAGGAGGGUCAUGAGGAGACUAUUCAGCUAUAUCUUAUAGACUCUCCUGCGUAUCCGGUGGUGCUGGGGCUUCCCUGGUUGAUUACUCAUAAUCCCUCUAUUUCGUGGCAACAGAGGGCUCUCAAGGAGUGGUCUGUCCAGUGUGUAGGGCGAUGUCUGGGCGUUUCCGUAGGGGCGACCUCGGUGGAAAGUCCAAACCAACUGCCGGCAUUGCACAUUCCCCCCGAGUAUGAUGAUUUAGCAAUUGUGUUUAGUAAAGCGAAGGCGACGCAAUUGCCACCACAUAGACAGGGGGAUUGUGCGAUAGACCUCCAGGUAGGAGCUGCGCUUCCGCGGAGCCAUGUGUAUCCUCUGUCUCAAGAGAAGAGAGCUAUGGAGACUUACAUAGCCGAGUCUCUGAGACAGGGAUACAUACGACCCUCCACUUCCCCUGCGUCCUCGAGUUUCUUUUUUGUGAAGAAAAAGGAUGGAGGUUUGCGCCCGUGUAUUGAUUACCGCAGUCUCAAUCAGAUUACUGUGAAAUACAGUUAUCCACUCCCACUGAUUGCGACUAUGACGGAGUCUUUACACAGGGCGCGUUUCUUCACAAAAUUGGAUCUCAGGAGCGCAUACAACUUGGUGCGUAUUAGGGAGGGAGACGAAUGGAAGACAGCAUUUAGUACCACCUCGGGUCAUUACGAGUAUCUCGUCAUGCCAUACGGGUUAAUGAAUGCUCCUUCAGUCUUCCAAUCCUUCGUUGAUGAGAUCUUCCGGGAUAUGCAGGGGCAGGGAGUGGUCGUGUACAUUGACGACAUUCUAGUGUAUUCUUCUACCCGAGCCGAGCAUGUAGCCCUGGUGCGCCGAGUAUUGAGGAGAUUGUUGGAGCAUGAUCUGUAUGUCAAGGCAGAGAAAUGUCUGUUUUUCCAGGAGUCUGUCUCCUUUUUGGGUUAUCAGUUGUCUGCGUCAGGGGUUAAGAUGAAGGUUGACCGUGUGUCGGCCGUGCGUAAUUGGCAAACUCCAACUACUGUUAAAGAGGUGCAGCGGUUCUUGGGUUUUGCGAAUUACUACAGGAGGUUUAUCCGGGGUUUUGGACAGGUGGCAGCUCCCAUAACGUCUCUACUAAAGGGAGGUCCGGUGCGCUUGCAGUGGUCUGCUGAGGCGGAUAGGGCUUUUGGGAGACUGAAGGACCUGUUUACCUCGGCGCCGGUGUUGGCGCAUCCGGAUCCCGCACUCCCAUUCCAGGUCGAGGUAGACGCGUCUGAAGCCGGUAUAGGGGCCGUGCUCUCGCAACGAUCUGGCACGCCCCUGAAACUCCGCCCCUGUGCUUUUUACUCUAAAAAGCUCAGUCCGGCGGAGGGAAAUUAUGACGUGGGGGACAGGGAGCUGCUAGCCGUGGUCCAGGCCCUAAAGGUGUGGAGGCAUUGGCUAGAGGGGGCUCAACACCCUUUCCUCAUUUUGACAGACCACCGAAACCUGGAGUACAUCCGGGCAGCUAGGAGACUGAACCCUCGCCAGGCUAGGUGGAAUAUGUUGCUGGCCCGGUUCGUUUUUAAGAUCACGUACAUCCCUGGGUCCCAGAAUGGUAAGGCAGAUGCUCUGUCCCGGCGGUAUGACACGGAGGAGAGGUACGUUGAGCCCACGUCCAUACUCCCGCCGUCUUGCCUGGUGGCACCGGUGGUGUGGGAGGUCGAUUCCGAAAUCGAGCGGGCGUUGCGUACCGAUCCUAGCCCUCCAGUGUCCUGUGGGUCGGACGUACGUGCCGUUCGAGGUUCGGGAUCGACUUAUAUAUUGGGCUCACACGUCACCCUCCUCUGGACAUCCAGGGAUUGGCCGGACGGUGCACUGCCUUAGCACUAAGUACUGGUGGCCAACGUUAGCCAGGGAUGUGAGGGUUUAUGUUUCCUCCUGUUCGGUAUGUGCCCAGUGUAAGGCACCCAGACAUUUGCCCAGGGGUAAGUUACAACCCCUGCCCGUUCCACAACGACCCUGGUCUCACCUCUCGGUGGAUUUCGUUACUGAUCUUCCCCUCUCCCAGGGAAAUACCACCAUCCUGGUCGUUGUGGAUCGGUUCUCGAAGGCCUGUCGUCUCCUUCCCAUGCCGGGUCUUCCCACUGCCCUACAGACCGCUGAGGCACUAUUCACUCACGUCUUCCGGCAUUACGGGGUACCCGAGGAUAUAGUGUCUGAUCGAGGCCCCCAGUUUACCUCUCGAGUCUGGAGAGCGUUCAUGGAGCGCUUGGGGGUCUCGGUGAGCCUUACCUCGGGGUACCACCCGGAGAGCAAUGGGCAGGUUGAACGAGUAAACCAGGAUGUGGGUAGGUUUCUGAGGUCGUAUUGCCAGGGCCGGCCGGAGGAGUGGGUGCGGCGCUCGGAGGAGACGUGGAACGCUGCUCACGUACAUCUGCAGCGGGCCAUCCGUCGACACAAGGCGAGCGCCAAUCUCCACCGCAGUGAGGGACCGGUGUACGCACCGGGAGAUCGAGUCUGGCUCUCGACCAGAAACCUGCCCCUCCGCCUGCCCUGCCGGAAGCUGGGUCGGCGGUUUGUGGGGCCUUUUAAAGUCCUGAGGAGGUUGAACGAGGUGUGUUACAGAUUACAACUUCCUAUUGAGUAUAAGAAUAUUAACCCCUCGUUCCAUGUGUCUCUCCUCAGGCCGGUGGUAGCUGGUCCACUCCAGGAGUGUGAGAUAGCAGAGACUCCUCCGCCCCCGCUGGACAUCGAGGGGGCUCCGGCGUACACAGUUCGGUCCAUCCUGGAUUCGAGACGCCGGAUGGGUGGUCUCCAAUAUCUUGUGGAGUGGGAGGGGUACGGUCCGGAGGAGCGGUGCUGGGUGCCGAGGAGAGAUAUCUUAGACCCGUCUCUUCUGACUGAGUUCCAUCGUGGUCAUCCCACGCGCCCUGCUCCGCGUCCUCCUGGUCGUCCCCGAGGCCGGGGUCGGCGCACGGCUGGUGCCGCGCGUCAAGGGGGGGGGGGGGGGGGGUACUGUCACGGUUUCGGCCGAGGCUGCUCCUUCUCCUUGUUCGGGCAGGCUUCGGCGGUCGUCGUCCCCGGAGUACUAGCUGCCACCGUUCGUUGUUUCUGUGUGUGUUUUGUUUGGUCUGAUUUGUUACACCUGUUGCUCAUUUCGUCUUGAUUAUGUGUCCUUUAAGUUCUCGUUGUUUCUGUCUUGUGGUUGUGUGUAGUUGUUCCAUGUCAGCAGGUGUUGCCAGUCAGUUUGUGCUCUAUGUUAUUAGAGAGUCCGCACGUUGUGCGUUUGUUGUACUUUUACGCUGAGUGCGUUUAUUUUUUCCUUGUUCAACCGGCUCGGUUUGUAGCCGUUAUUUCUGUGGACUUCAUUAAAGUGUUUUUGGACUUGCAUCUGCAUCCUGCAAUUGAUUCCACACCACACCUACGCCCAUCCUUGACAGAAUCAUAACCUGUCCUAGCUCUGCCACGUUUGCAUUAUGCUUUUGGAGAGUAACAUCUUAAUUGUUGGUACUCUGUAGUUCACAGGCUUCCGGAUGCUGAUCCUCAGCCUGCAGAUAGUGUCUGGGAUUCUUUUCUAUGUCUUCAGAAACAAGGUGAACAUGACUCUGUUCGGCUGUCUCAACCUACUGCAGUCUUGGAUGAUCACUGUAUGUUUUCCAGGGAAUUCACCUAGUAUUGCUUGAUUGACAAGGGUGAAAAUGCUUUGUGUGUCAUUUGCACCCUCUGCAGGUGGAGAGAAGGAUCACACUGAAAGCCAAAGAGGUGAUCAUGAAGCACAGCCCCAGGGAUAAGGUUGCCAUCGAUGACCUACAGGAUGCUGUAAGUAGGGUGCUAUUCACUCCUUACCAGGGGAAUGGUGUCUGUGAGAUACACUAUCAAAGUUUGUUUAUGUGCGUAUGUGUGUUUCAGUUCCAUUGUUGUGGUGCAGGGAACUACACUGACUGGCUCCUGCAGAGCUCUCAUGGGAAUAUUAGUGUUUUGCCACACUCCUGUUGCCAUGUGGAUUCUGUGGCCUGUGUGAAAGUCGUCACCACAGACAACAUCUACCAGAGGGUCAGUAUUAACCAGCACAGGGAAGGGCGAGGGGGUUACCAAGGCCAUAGAUCAGGUUAA